UCCUGCGCAUGCGCUCGCGUAAAAAUGCACUUGGAAAUGAGGCGUCUGUCUUGGAGUAGUCGACUUUUAAAAAGCAUCGGGAGCCCUUGAUAUGACGACUUCGUUGGUCCUGCAUUCACGCUGGGCGGACACCUUGAUGUACAUGUAUGAAAAAAGCCCGAAUGAAAACAAUCAGAAUAAAACUCAAGCCAUGGAGGGACUGAGCGGGAACUGCCCCGCUGCCCACUGCAGGGACCUUAUCUCACACCCAGCGCUGGGGCGGCAUUCUGGCAGCAUAGCUACACACCAGGGUUCCGUGUACUCGGAUAUAUCCUCCUCGGACGCCGGUCGACAGUGCCCUGCUCCCCAGACAUCUUCAAGCACUUCUCUGGGCUACGGCUAUCCGUUUGGAAGCCCCUAUUAUGGGUGCAGGUUGUCUCACUCGCACAACGUAAACUUGCAGCAGAAGCCCUGUUCUUACCACCCAGCAGAAAAAUACGCCGAGCCCAGCAGCGCGUUGCCCACAGAAGAACUCUCCAGCAGGGCGAAAGAGUUUGCCUUCUACCCCAGUUUCGCCAGUUCUUACCAGGCUGUCCCGGGUUAUCUAGACGUGUCGGUCGUUCCAAGUAUUAGCGCACACCCAGAACCACGGCACGACGCCUUGAUUCCAAUGGAAGGCUACCAGCACUGGGCUCUUUCUAAUGGCUGGGAUGGGCAGGUGUACUGCUCGAAGGAGCAAACACAGUCAGCUCAUCUCUGGAAGUCGCCAUUCCCAGAUGUAGUUCCUCUACAGCCUGAAGUCAGCAGUUACCGCCGCGGCCGGAAGAAGCGAGUCCCGUACACUAAGGUUCAGCUGAAGGAGCUGGAAAAAGAGUACGCUGCCAGCAAGUUCAUCACCAAAGACAAGCGAAGACGCAUCUCCGCCGCAACCAACCUCUCGGAGCGCCAGGUCACCAUCUGGUUCCAGAACCGGCGUGUGAAGGAGAAGAAAUUCGUCAGCAAAUCCAAGACCAGUGCCCACAUGCACACAACCUGAUACCUUCAAACCCCGUUUGACCCCCCACUCAGA